AAGUCAGUUUUUAGUAAAGACAAAUCCAAUGAAUUACAUGCUGAUUGCUGCAGUCUUAAACUUCACUCCUCACACUCUGCACCUGUGGGUAUGAACACAAGCAGGAGUGAGACAGUGAAAGAGCCUCCAUUGAAGCCCUCUAGAAGAUCCAUGCCAUGCUUAGCACAGAGCCAAACACACCCUCACAGUCUGAGCAAACAUUCUUCAUUUCUUCAACCAAAUAGGCUCCAGCCACAGGCUCGGCCUCUGAGUGCAGGCACUUCAACAGCUACAGUCAAUGUAGUGUCAGAACGAGCUAAAGUGAUGGAGACCCUGGAAAACAACUUACUCAAGUUGUCUAAUACAGAAUACAGUGAUUCAUUUUUAGGAAAAGACAAAGACACAUAUACAGAUGAUUCAGAACAUGGGAAUUAUGAUUCUCGCACAGAUCAGUCACUGCUUAUUCAAAACACAGUUACCAGACAGAAACCAGAACCUCGGAUUAAGUCAUCUUUGAAGAAUGAGAUGAAUGCCAUAGCAUCAUCAGGCCUCUUCUUCAAAGAUGGUAAAAAGCGCAUUGAUUACAUCUUGGUCUAUAAAAAGUCAAGUCUACAAAUAGAAAAAAGAAACACUUUUGAAAAGAACUUGAGGGCAGAGGGCUUAAUGUUAGAAAGAGAGCCAGCUAUUACGAGCAACGACAUAAUGUUUGUUAAAAUUCACUGUCCAUGGGAUACGUUAUGCAAAUAUGCAGAAAGAAUGAACAUCAGGAUGCCUUUCAGGAAAAAGUGUUAUUACACUGACUGGAGGAGCAAAACCAUGGGCAGUUUGCAGAGGAAUAUCAGAGAGCUGAAAAGUUGGUUGCCCAGAAAUCCAAUGAAGCUUGACAAGGAGGCCCUCCCUGACCUGGAAGAGACAGAUUGUUACACAGCACCCUUUAGCCGAGCGCGAAUCCACCACUUUACAAUAAACAACAAAGACAGCUUCUUCAGCAACUCCACAAGAAGUAGAAUAGUGCACCACAUGCUACAGAGAACGAAGUAUGAAGAUGGCAAAUCAAAAAUGGGUAUUAAUAGAUUACUCAAUAAUGGAACAUAUGAAGCUGCAUUUCCACCACAUGAGGGAAGCCACAAGAGCAGACAUCCCAUCAAAACACAUGGAGCUCAAAAUCACAGACACCUAUUAUAUGAGCGCUGGGCACGGUGGGGGAUGUGGUACAAAUACCAGCCUCUGGAUUUAAUCAGGCGCUAUUUUGGUGAAAAAAUUGGUCUUUAUUUUGCUUGGUUGGGAUGGUACACUGGAAUGCUCAUUCCUGCUGCACUUGUCGGGCUGUUUGUUUUCCUUUAUGGAUUGUUUACCAUGGAUUCUAGCCAAGUAAGCAAAGAGAUCUGCGAGGCAAAUGAAACCAUCAUGUGCCCUAUGUGCGAACGCAAUUGCACGCUACAGAAACUCAACGAAAGCUGCAUAUAUGCAAAGGUUACACAUUUGUUUGAUAAUGGAGGCACUGUCUUCUUUGCUAUUUUUAUGGCAAUAUGGGCUACAGUGUUUCUAGAGUUUUGGAAAAGACGGAGAGCUGUACUCACCUAUGACUGGGAUCUCAUAGACUGGGAGGAUGAAGAGGAAGAGCUGCGCCCCCAGUUUGAAGCAAAAUACUCCCAAGUGGAACGAGUAAAUCCCAUCACAGGAAAACCUGAACCUUUUCAACCCUUCCCUGAUAAACUUAGUCGACUGAUGGUGUCUGUCUCAGGAAUAUUCUUCAUGAUUUCUUUGGUACUCACUGCAGUGUUUGCAGUUGUGGUCUAUCGCCUGGUAGCUAUGGAACAAUUUGCAUCCUUCCAGUGGUAUUUUAUCAAAAAGUACUGGCAGUUUGCAACAUCUGGCACUGGAGUCUGUAUCAAUUUCAUGAUCAUCAUGUCACUUAAUGUAGUAUAUGAAAAAGUUGCCUAUCUCCUAACAGAUUUAGAGCAUCCUAGAACAGAAUCUGAAUGGGAAAACAGUUUUGCCUUGAAAAUGUUCCUCUUCCAGUUUGUCAACUUAAACAGCUCAAUCUUUUAUAUUGCUUUUUUCCUUGGCAGAUUUGCAGGCCGUCCAGGAAAAUACAACAAACUUUUUAAUAGAUGGAGACUGGAAGAGUGUCAUCCUAGUGGCUGUUUGAUAGAUCUCUGCUUGCAAAUGGGAGUUAUAAUGGUUUUAAAACAAAUGUGGAACAACUUCAUGGAACUGGGUUAUCCGUUACUACAGAACUGGUGGUCACGACGCAAGAUCAAGAAAGGAGGGCAGUUAUUGGAGCAUAAAAUUUCAUUACCUCAAUGGGAAAAAGAUUGGAAUCUGCAGCCAAUGAAUCUCCACGGCUUAAUGGAUGAGUACUUAGAGAUGGUUUUACAGUUUGGCUUUACCACCAUCUUUGUUGCUGCCUUCCCACUGGCACCUCUCCUGGCAUUGCUUAACAAUAUUAUAGAAAUAAGACUAGAUGCUUACAAGUUUGUUACCCAGUGGAGGAGACCUAUGCCUGCAAGAGCAACAGAUAUAGGUAUCUGGUAUGGAAUCCUUGAAGGAAUUGGAGUCCUGGCUGUCAUCACUAAUGCAUUUGUUAUUGCAAUUACUUCUGACUAUAUCCCACGUUUUGUCUAUGCAUACAAAUAUGGCCCUUGUACAGAUGAAGGAUACAGACAGGAAAAAUGUUUAAAGGGAUAUGUCAACAGUAGUUUAUCAGUAUUUGAUCUGAAUGAGCUUGGUAUGGGAUACUCAGGAUACUGCAGAUAUCGAGACUACAGAGCGCCACCCUGGAGUUCAGCUCCUUACGAGUUCACCUUGCAGUUCUGGCAUGUCCUAGCUGCGCGGCUGGCUUUCAUUAUAGUAUUUGAGCACCUUGUUUUUGGAAUAAAGUCUUUCAUUGCCUACCUGAUCCCAGACAUGCCCAAAGACUUGUGUGACAGAAUGAGAAGAGAGAAAUACUUGGUCCAGGAAAUGAUGUAUGAGGCUGAACUAGAGCAUUUGCAGAGAGAGCGGAAAAAGAAUGGGAAACAGUAUCACCACGAAUGGCCUUAGUUGAUACCGUAUAGCAGCAAAAACAUUCCAUGAAAAUUGACUAGUGCAGGUCUCAAAUGGAGGUAGAUCUGGCAAUGAGGAGCAGUGUGUAUAUAUGCUGCUAUUGGAAAAUAUAUUAGCAGGAUUUGCUGGGUCCUGGAAAAUACAUGCUUCCAAUGAAGAAAAUGAAUAGCCAUAUCUGUCGCUGGUCCAUGGUCAACACCAGGUGUUGCUAUCAGUUCAUUAGAAAGUAUAAUGAGGGGUUGAGUACUUGGAUGCAUCAGUAAAGCAAGUUGCAAUGAACUUUCAUGCUAUUCAUCAAGUCAUCAACAGCAUAAUGAAAAUAAAUACAUUGCCUGUAAAACUUUCAUAUUAAGGGCAUGACUAAAAAUCAAGUUAUAUAUCAUCUGCUACUUCUAAAGCUUUUGAUUGUUCAAUUGAAGUUGUAAUGCCUAUGAAAAAAAAGUAUGAUUAAUUGUUGCCUUUGUGGCCAUAAAUUGAUGUUAAUGAUCCUUCAA